AUGUCAACUGGACUUGCCCUUGGUUUCGCUGUUGAGGGUGCGUCCUGGCACUUGGUUCCUCAUUUAUUCCCCGAUAAAGUUGGUGGGCGGCCAGCUUGGCUAGCUCUUCAACACUUACCAUCUCCUGAUGAACUAAAGUGUCCAGUAUGUUUGAAUCCAACGUGCUUUUUAUUACAGAUAUACUCUCCGCUAUCUGAAAAACCUGACUGUUUUCAUAGGAUGUUAUUCUUAUUUAUGUGUCGAAACAGUGAAUGUCACUAUAAGUCUGAUCGUGCCCCAUUUCAUGUGUUUCGUUCUCAGUUAUCAAGACAAAAUGGAUACUACAGUUUUGAGCCCCCAGAGGAUGAAUUUCCCAGUCGUGAAAUUGUAAACUCGAUGAUAAAGGCUAACCGUUUUCCAUGGGCUGGCAAAUAUUCAUCUAUCUGCCCAAUAUGUGGGUGUAAAGCAGACAAAACUUGUUCGAAGUGUAAAUCUACUUUUUAUUGUUCCAAAAUGCAUCAGGUACUAGAUUGGAAGCGACAUAAGUUAGAAUGUGGUUCAAAAUGUCACGAUGAUAUGUUAUUAUUUGAAAAGAAUAGUUUUUUACUUCCUGAAUACCGUUUAUGUUCUGAACCUGCAGAUAACUUUACUUCGGAUGAUGACAAUAAUUCAGCAGAGGAAAGCGAUACCGAAACUUCGGAAUCGGGACUUCUAAAUGAUUCUGAAUUUGAAGCGCUUGAAUCUAUAGCCAAGAAGGAGACUAAAGAAGAAGCCAGAUUUAGAGUGUUUAAAGAAGCAAUGAAACCAGCUCCUGACCAAGUUGUACGGUUUCAUAGAGGUGGCAAACCAAUUUGGUUGAGUAAUGAUCCUGUAGAAGUUGAAAAGUGUGAAGUUUGCGGUGCUGAACGUAUUUUUGAAUUCCAGGUCACUCCUCAAAUCUUGUGUCACUUACAAUUGGAUAAAGUUGGUGAAUUAAAUCCAGAUUUCGGCUCACUCUACAUUUUUACUUGUUCUAAUUCAUGCGAACUUCCUAGAAGAAAACAACAGAGUUCGAACAGUACAGACGUAUCUGCCAUUCAAUGUGAUAAUGAUUGGAUUGAAUAUCAACGUGAAGUUGUCAUUCGACAAAUGGUUCCUUAA